AUGCUCAAGCAGUGCUGUGAUGGCUGCAAGGCGGUUGCUACCUGCGGCGCCUAUACGCUCGCCAACAACGUCUGCUACCUCAAGACCGUCGCGCUCUCGCCCCGGACUGUCAACGGUGCGACGACCGUGGUUGUACCGCAAGCGCCGGGCACGAGCGUCCGCUACUGCUGCAGCCCCGAAGUCAACUACGAUUACUAUGGCAACGACAUUGGUACUGUCCAAGUGACGGGGGAUGUGAACGCGAUGAUUGGUCAGUGCUGCGAGACGUGCAAGAAGAACAACCAGUGCAACGCGUACGUUUUGUUUGAGGGUGUCUGCUUCCUCAAGUCAGCGACCGGCAUUCGCUCGAGCAAGGUCGGCGCAAUGGCCGCGUCCGUGCCCACGGCCACGUGGUAA